GAUGGCUGGCGACCUGUUCUUCUUGUGCACAGAUGGCCACCAAAUUCAAAAUGCAUAAUCCGCUUUAGCACCCUGAGCAGACACGCUACGUUCAUUCCAUUGCCGUGUAUGCUACAUAGCCUAUCGGGGGAUGGAUAAAAGGGCAGACUGUUCUUCGUCAAAGAUCACCCACCAAUCGACUAGAACACUUCUUUCUACAACACUCAUAUAUUCACCAACCACUCUCAACUACUAUCAACAAUGUGCUGCUGGCGCCAGUAUGUGCAGUCGUCAAAUCCUUUCAUGGUUUACUGACCCUCUCUUCAGUGUUCGCAAUGUUUACCUCCGCUGCGGACACGCUAUGAAUCUCCCUGAUGAAUUGAUCGUCUGCGACAGUUCCAGGUGCAAAUUUGGCCCCAAUCACCCUGCCACCUGCCUCCCGCCCACGUGCAAGCAAUCUUGCGCCCAAUAUCGCCAGUAUCCUCAACAAUAUUCGCCCAACAUCAACAGAUUCUGCCCCUCGUGUGAGCAGGCUGGACGCCGCUGAGCGCCGAGCGCCGAACAUCAUUGUGAAUAUCUUAUCUUGCACCUUUAAUUCUUAGAGCCCAGGCCAAAGACCCCUUUCGUUAAUUAUUCCAUGUGUCAUAUUAUUUAUAGUGUAUCACCUAACAUCGGGAUCGACUACGCGUAUAGUUCGCUUUCUUGUUACUGAAUAUCGAAUGAUCUGGGAUUUGUUAAAGUUUGUCCGACCGAGGAACGUUGCAUGAAGCCCGG